AUGAAAAAUUUUGAUCUAUUUCCAAAGGUAAAAAAUGAAUAUCAAGGCGUUAAAACAAUAUCAGGUGGUAUUAUUACCAUUUUGACAUUUAUUUUGAUACAAUUUUCCCUGAUAUUCUUCAUAAAAGACGCUUUAAAUUAUAAAAUUCAAGAAUCUUUGCACCAGAACAAUACUAUUUUAUCGGGUGAUACGGAACUUUGGCUAUCGUUUAAUAUAACUGUCGAUGCUCCAUGCAAUUUUCUUCAAGUUUAUAUUACAGAUGAAUCAGGCCAUCAUCGGAAGCAGUCAAUAAGAGCAUUAAUGAAACAAAAUUUAGAUAAAGACUACUGUCCUUAUGGUGAUUUCCAACUAUUCACUAAAAAUAUAUCUGACAACGGUGAAUGUGGUUAUUGCUACGGACAUAAAUACCAAGAAUGCUGUUAUACUUGUCUAGAUGUUGUUUAUGGUCAUAUUGCUACAUAUAGAGCUCCGCCAAGUUUAGAAGGUAUUUCUCAGUGUAAAAGAGACUUAAAUUUCUAUAAUAACGGUUCUAAAUGCUUGUUAAUGGGAUCUACCAGAACUCCAUACGCAUAUGGACAGUUGAUAAUCUCGAUGAAUUCCCAAAAUCAAGUUCCGAAAAAGACUUUAAUAGAUAAUACGCUAGUUACAAAGUAUUUAAAUCUUUCACAUACAAUAGGACACUUUUUCUUUGGAAAAGAGUCUAAAUUUAUUAAGAAUCCUCUUGAUUCCUAUAUUCAAAUCCAAAAUGAUACAAAAUAUCAUCAGUAUAUAUAUAGGCUGAGUCUUAUACAAACGUCCAUAUAUUAUCCAGACCAAAUAUUUGCAACAACACAAUAUUCAGCCCAUUUUUCAGAUAAAAUUCUCGAAAAAAAGAGUGAAGAGAGACCAGGAAUAAUUUUCAAGUUCAGUAUAUAUCCAAUCAAUUCCAAGAUCACUGUUACUAAAACGAAAUUGCAUUUCCUUCUUUUGAGCGUUUGUUCGAUUAUUGGAGGUGGAUUUAUGAUUUCAAGCCUUAUCCAUUCGUGCCUAAUAUACUAUCCCCAGCCUAGAAAACCUAUAAAGCUUGUUUGA